AUGUUUUAUUUCUCUAUAUUCUUAAUAUCCUUUCUGUGCUCUACGAGGUUCAUAUCGGCCGCAUCACUAUCCUUCGAUCCGAUCCAGCAGUAUAGCUUGCCUUUUGUCGGCGACGAACCCCUGCAAGCUUCCUUCAGCUUGGUCGAGCAGCAACUCCCACCGUCAUUGACAGUAAAGUCGGUUCCAACCUCGGUAUAUCGUCCAAAGUCCGUAGACGCACUCCUCCAUGCGCGAUCACAGUCCCUUCGACAUGCGCAGGGUGAGAAGGUUGACUGGGAUCUAGUCGAAGUUAACGGACCCGAUGUAAAGGACAGGCAUACGCUUGUACAACUUGCACGUAUGUCAGGGGAUGCAUACGCACUUCCUGGUCAGAAGAAUUGGUAUGACAUCGAUCCAGCAUGGAACGAGAGCUUUCCAUUCGGUUGGGAAGACGCUUCCGAAGGAUUCCGCGGGCACGUCUUCGUCUCCUCAGACAACUCUACCGUCAUCUUGUCCAUCAAGGGAACCACUAUCCAAGGCCCUACAUCGAAGAAGGACAAGUACAACGACAACCUCCUCUUCUCCUGUUGUUGCGCCCGCGUAGACUUCUCCUGGAUAUUCAACACGGUCUGCGACUGUUACGCCAAUCACUGGAAGUGCGACAAUACAUGUCUCACUACGGCGCUCGUGCAGGAUAGUCUGUUUUACUCUGUUGGCGUCAACCUGAUCAAGGACCUGACCCUACUCUACCCAACAUCCGACGUCUGGCUCGUAGGCCACUCCCUCGGCGGCGCACUCGCCUCUCUCCUCGGCGCCACCUUCGGACUCCCCUCCGUCGCCUUCGAAGCCCCCGGCGAACGCCUAGCCGCAAACCGUCUCCAUCUCCACCUCCCUCCAUCUCUACCCUCCGAGCCUUCCGACCUCCCCUUUGCCCCCGUCACCCACGUCUACCACAACGCCGACCCGAUCCCUCAAGGCGCCUGUACCGGCUUCGGCUCGCCCUGCGCUUCGGCAGGAUACGCAUUGGAGACGCGGUGUCAUCUCGGGAAGAGUAUCGUUUAUGAUACGGUCGGACAGCUGGGGUGGAGAGUGGACGUGAGGACGCAUCCGAUUAAGCAGGUUAUUACUAGGGUUAUUGAGUUGGAGGAAUCGUGGGAGGAUGGGAGGGAGGUGCCCGUCGCGAGGGAGGAGGUGGAUUGUGUGGAUUGUUACAAGUGGGAGUUUGGCGAUUUUAAGGAUGAGGAGUGA